AUGAAACCAAUCACGAAUAUCAAAAGCCACAGCUUAAAGCGGCAGCCGGAGCGGGGCCGGGACUCCCCGGGCCCCUCGGAGCCCCGGUGCCCCAGGGGACGGCAGCCCUGGCACCUCCAGAAAGUGUCCGUUCCCUCCGGGUCUUCUUGCUGGGUGCCCCUGGGCGCCUGGAACAGGGUGGGUGGCCACCCGCUCUGGGGAACCACCGACCCCGCGGUGCUGCCGCAUCGCUCCUGCUGCCCGGUGAUGCUGGCAGAGUGCCGGUGCUCCGGGGGGCCUCGACUCACGGAGCGGAGCCCUCCCGCUGAGGGGUCGCUCCCUGGUUUUGUCCCGCCCUGGCGCUCCGCGUCUCUCCAUCAGAGACCCUCCCUGGAUGACGAGCGCCGGACCCCGCUGCGGGACUGGGGGCGUCCCUCUGUGUCCCCCCCCGCGGCGGAGAGCUGGGAGAGGCUCUCGCUGGCUGAGCGGGUGGAGAGGAACCGGCGGCUGCUGCAGGAGGUGCUGGGCCUUGCCGCACCCGGUGUGUGUUUUGGGAAGGUGGUGGCUCUUUCAGGACAGCUGGGGGAAGUGGGAGGGAAAACCUUUGGGGUGAUGGGAGUCCUCAGGGCCAGCCUCCAGUCUCCCGCGCUGAGGGUGCAGCUCCCUGUUGCCUCGCACCCCUGGGCUGUCCCAUCCCCUUCCCCGGGAUGUAGGAGAUGCUCACGAGAUGCUCUGGGUGAUACCAGUCAGUCCUCUCUGGUGUCCCGGGGAUGGGGGCUGCCAUCCAUCCAAGCUAAUGCUUUUCCCUGUCCUGCGUUUCAGAGAUGCCAGCGAGCGAUGGGGACUGGGACUCGGGGGUUUCACUGCAGGACGCUGAGGGCUGCAGGUAGGGCCUUUGUCGGCGGGCAGGAGCUCGAGCUGAGCCCGCGGCACGAGCAGGCCAAGCAGCUGCUGCAGCGCGCCCGCAUGAAGGCUCGGACCAACCCGCUGCGCGCCAGCCACGACAUCCUGCUGCUGCCCGCCGGCCCGCAGCCCAGGGAGGCCAGCGGGAGGCCCAGCGUCGCCCCGCGGGACGGCGGGGGGCUGGGCUCGGCGCUCCCCUCGCCGGAGCCGGCCGGCAGCAGGCAGCCCGGGGACGGCGCCGGCCAGCCCAAAGCCCGCAGUGGCGACCUCGUGGCCGGGGGCAAGUGCAGCGCCUGCGGCUCCUUGCUGGGUGCUGCCGCCGGCCGGGGCACGGACACGCAAGCUGCCCCCGACGUGGCCAAAAGUAGCCCUGCGGCACAAAGAAGCGUCCCAGGGGAUAGCAGAGGGCUGAGCGCUGCCCAGACAGAGCCUAAAAUCAGGCCUCUGGGCCCCGGAGGGUCCCCGCUGUGGAUCCUGCCCUCCCGGCAGCGCAUCCACACCGAGAAGAUCAAGGAGACCUACAUCGGGGAUGUCACCUACAUUGACGAGGUGGACUCGGCCCUGGAGAGCACCGACACCUCCGACGGCUGCCGGACGGACAGCGAGGAGGCAGGACCCCGCAGCCCGCACCUGCGGGGGCACCGUGACCCCCGGGCUCGCGGGCACAGAGCUCCCCGUGCCGCCCUGCAGCCAGAGGCAAGGGCCAGGAAAGGGAUCUGCGUGGCCAGCGGUGGCCCUGAGGACGGGGACUCGGGUCCGGGGCCUGUUUGUCCCCCAGAACCAGGAAGAACUAGCAGCCGGGAAGAUGGAGAAUCCCAUCGACAUCUGGGGGACAGCAAGGGGGUGGGAAACAGAGCUCACCCCCUGCAGCAGCCCAGUGAGCCCCUGCAGCCUUCCUCGCAGCUGAGGACCAGCACCCCCAUUCCCGGCACGCACGUCCCUGCUCCCCCUCCUACCAAGAAGGCCUGUGCCCAGGUGCCUUGCAGGAAAGCCCUGUGCUCCAGCAGCAGCCACCAGGCAUCGAGCCAAAGAGUCCGUGGCCCGCAGCCGGAUGCUGGCAGCGGCACUCCACCGCCGCCCGGGGGCACGGCGGGGCCGGCCGAGCGGCGGGGUCCCUGCAGCCCCAGGUGGCUCCCGGGGAGCCCUCUCCGUGCCUUGUCCACCAACAACUGCAACAACACCCACGGGCAGAACGCCCCGGGGACGGGCAGAGGUUCACUGUCACACCCUGCUGCCGGCCCUGUCACCCCUGUACCCUCAGAGGCUGCUCAUCCUGCCGGGGAAGGUGCUGGGAUGCCGGGAGCGCAGCCACAGCAGCACCCAGCUGGGAGCACAGCACAUGGGGAGCCGGGGCGGCCAGUGAGCCGCAAGGGCAGCAGCGCCUCGGCGUCGGGGCUGAAGAAGCUCCUGUGCAGCCUGAGCCAGAGCACCAAGCAGCGCCUGGGCCGCUUCCGCUGUUACAGCAUGGAGCAGCUCCCGGCGCCCGGCGGCUCCCCGCCAGGCGGCCCUGCCAUCAAGAAGUCACCGUCCCUGCAGUCCCUGCAGCUGGUGUCGCCCUUCUGCCAGCCCCAAAAAGCUGCCUCUAUCCAGAGCCUGCAUCCCCAGCUGGGCAAGGCACGCCGUGCCAGCGCCUACCUUCUGCCGCAGACCACGGCUGACAGGAAGGGGGGCUCAGGGCCGCAGCGCUCGCUGAGCGUGGAGGACAUCGGGGCGCCCGGCCAGCUGCGCGCGGUGGGGCGCGUGGUCGAGGUCUUCCCUGAUGGCACCAGCCAGCUGGAGCUGCAGCGACCGCCCCACGGCGCCUUCGGGUUCUCCGUCACCUCCGGCCACGGCCGGCCUGACACAGGUGUCUACGUGCAGGAGAUGGCGGAUGCCGGCACAGCCAAGCUCUACGCGGGGCUCCUGGGCGUGGGGGACGAGAUCCUGCAGGUCAACGGCGCGGCCGUCUCGGGGCUGGGGCUGGCCCGCAUCCGCCAGCUGCUGCUCCGGGCAGACAGCCUGUCCCUGCGCGUGCUCCGGCACCGCCCCGCGCCGCGGUAGCCCCGGCACGGCUCCUUGGCGGCAGGAGGAGGAUGUCCCGGCCAUGGGAGAGGGACGGUCUCCCAGGGACGUCCCGGGAUGCUGCAGAAUGGCAUGGCAUGGACCAGGCUGCCUCACAGUGUCAGGAGCUGCCCAGCUCCGCUGCAGUGGUGGCAGGUGGCUUUCCUUGUCCUCCUGGGCGAGAACGUGGGACCAAGGACCCCCCGUAGUCUCCGGGAGCUGCCCAAGUGUGGGCGACAGGGGACAGCCUGGCCCCAGCAGAGAUGGAUGGGUCUGUCCUGCUGGGCACUGGGGUGACCAGCAUGGGGACACCCCAUCUCCGUGACCCCAGGAGACAGAGGGCUUCCUGCCAGCACUGCCACCUUGUGCUGGAGGGCUGGUGAGGUCCUUUUAAAUUAUUUCAAACUGAAACACAAAAAUACAUCUCUGCAAUAACAAAACAGUGCCCUUGGCUUGUGGCAUGGAGGGGCUGGGGUGGUGCUUGCUGCCUUUGCUGCUUGUUUUCCUGUGGUCCUGCUGCUCCACCAGCCAUCUCCUGACUGUGCUGUGGUGCUGGAAGGGCCCUGGGCAGGUAGAUGGAGGCUCAGCCACCUGCAGGGUUCCUUGGGGAUUUUGAGGGGUUCUUUCUUCCAGCCAUGGAAGGCAAAACACGUCCUU